CCGGAGUCGGAGUUACAAGAGCCGCCUCCGCGCAAGGGGGCCCGGCCACUCGGAGCUGCUCUGCCGCGGGGACCGCACCGCCCGGCCGCCCGCCCGCCUGCCCGGACCCGCCCCGAUCCGGGAGUCCCUGCCGCCCCUAGCCCGGUCGCUGGCCCGUGUCCGCCGGGCAUGGCUGUGCCCUGGGGCUGAGCUGACAGGCUAAGGAGGUGGGACAGAGAUUCCUGAAGAGAGAGUGAGAGAGUGAAGAGAAAGAGCAAAAGUAGAAGGAGGGGCGGGUUCCUGGCAAGGCUUUUGCUCCAAAAAGUUUCCUGGAAAAGAUGGAGAAGGAGGAAGAACCCACGAGGGAGCUGCUCUUGCCCAACUGGCAGGGCAGUGGUUCCCAUGGCCUAACCAUUGAGCAGACAGAUGAUGGUGUCUUUGUGCAGCAAGUUGUGCAGAAUUCCCCUGCAGCACGCACUGGCGUGGUCAAGGAGGGGGACCAGAUUGUGGGGGCCACCAUCUACUUUGACAAUCUGCAGUCGGGUGAGGUGACUCAGCUUCUGAAUACCAUGGGGCACCACACAGUGGGCCUGAAGCUGCACCGCAAGGGGGAUCGCUCCCCAGAGCCCGGCCAGUCCUGGUCCCACGACAGCGCCUUCGGACGGUGCUCUGAGGUAGUGCUGAGCGGGGAUGACGAGGAAUACCGACGGAUCUACACCACGAAAAUCAAGCCACGACUGAAGUCAGAGGACGGAGUGGAAGGCAGCGAGUUUGGGGAGACCCAGAGCCGCACCAUCACAGUGACCAGAAAGGUCACAGCCUACACAGUGGAUGUGACAGGGAGAGAGGGGGCCAGGGAGAUCGACAUUAAUAGCCCUGAGUUCAAGAUCAAGAUUCCAAGGCACGAGCUGACGGAAAUCUCCAAGGUGGACGUGGAGACUGAGCAUGGGAAGACCGUGAUCCGCCUGCCACAAAGCCCAGGGGCAACUCUUCAGACCACAGGCUACAGUGUGGACCUUAAAGCCACUGGACCGGAGCUCCCAGGGAUCGGGGCAGCAGGUGCUGCUGGCCACUCCAAGAUCCAGGUCACCACUCCUGGGAUCCAGAUGGAAGGCUUGGGCGUGGGUGGGAGUGGGAAGAGCCCGAAGCUGGACGGAAAGCCAGAGAUCUCUGUUCAUGCCAAAGUCCCUGCUUCGGUUGACUUAGGAAGCAAAGGAAUUGCUGUCACUGGCCCUGGAGUCCAGGUUCCCGGAAUGGCGAGUUCAUCUUCUCAACAUGGAGGUGGGACCAUCGAUCUCCAGCGCCCCUCUGUAGAGAACAUAAGCAUCCCCAGCAUGAAAUUACCCAAGUUCGGCUUCCCAGGGGCAGGAGCCGAGGUCCAGGGCCCGGAGGGAGGCCUGGGCAAGGUUUGCUCACCAGGCAUCUCUGUGGGACCUGGGGGAGACGGCUCAGGCUUGGCAGUGAGCGGGACCAUCCAGGGUCCUCAGCUGGAAGUCACAGCUCCAUCUGUCAGUGUUGAGGGAGUCAAAGGAAAGCUGAAGGGUCCAUCCUUGGAGGGGGACAUAGGCCUGAAGGGUGCCAAGCUUCCAGGAACCGGGGACCUGCAUGUCUCUGCACCCAAAGGACACGUCAGCAUCAAAGGCCCCACCGCAGAACUUGGGGCUCCAGACGUUGAUCUUCAUGGGGCCGGUGGAAGACUGAAGAUGCCCCAAAUGAAAGUCCCCAAGUUUUCUGUAUCUGGUUCCAAAGGGGAAGGAGCUGCUGUGGAUAUAAAGCUGCCCGAGGGAGAAGUGAAUCUUCCCAGCAUCACCGGGAACGUCAGCCUGCCAGAGGUGGCCGUGAGUGGGCCAGAGGGGAAAAUCAAAGACCCUAAAUGCAAGACCCCAGAGAUGAUCAUUCAGAAACCUAAAAUCUCCAUGCAGGAUGUGGACCUAAGCCUCAGGUCCCCCAGACUGAAAGGGGAUGUACAGGUUUCAGUUCCAGGAAUACAAGGGGAGGUGAAAGGUCCUCAGCUGGACAUUAAGGCACCCAGCCUAGAGGGGUCUCUGACUGGGUCCAAGGGUGGCAGCCCAUCUGGGAAAGCAGGGACCUGCAAGAUCAGCAUGACCGAUGUCGACUUGAAUAUAGGUGCGCCCAAAAUAAAGGGUCAGGUGGACACUGCCUUCCCCAAGGUAGAAGGGCAAAUCAAGGGCCCUGAGAUGGACAUCAAAGGCCCCAAAGUGGAUGUCAGCGCCCCAGAUGUGGAUGUCCAUGGGCCAGAGUGGAACCUGAAGAUGCCCAAGAUGAAAAUGCCCAAGUUCAGUGUGCCGGGGGUCAAGGGAGAAGGGCCAGAGGUCAAUGUGAGCCUGCCCAAGGGAGACAUCAGUGUUUCAGGAUCUAGCUUAGACAUUGGAGGCCCACAGGUCAACCUUGAAGGUCCAGAGGGAAAACUGAAAGGGCCUGGCAUUAAAGUACCAGAUGUGAACAUCAAGAGCCCAAAGAUCUCCAUGCCAGAUGUAGAUUUGCAUCUAAAAGGUACAAAGGUGAAGGGAGAAUAUGAUGUUACUGUUCCAAAGCUGGAAGGGGAUCUGAAAGGCCCCAAAAUGGAUGUCAGCGCCCCAGAUGUGGAUGUCCAUGGGCCCGACUGGCACCUGAAGAUGCCCAAGAUGAAGAUGCCCAAGUUUAGCAUGCCAGGCUUCAAAGGAGAGGGCCCUGAGGUAGACGUGAACUUGCCCAAGACAGACAUUGACAUUUCUGGACCCAAAGUGGACAUUGAAGCUCCAGAUGUGAAUAUUGAGGGUCCAGAAGGGAAAUUAAAGGGCCCCAAGUUUAAGAUGCCUGAGAUGAACAUCAAGGCUCCCAAAAUUUCUAUGCCAGACUUCCAUUUGAAGGGCCCCAAAGUGAAGGGAGAAUAUGAUGUGACCCCUCCCAAAGUAGAAGGUGAGGUGAAAGUUCCAGAUGUGGAACUGAAAGGGGCCAAAGUGGAUGUCAGUGCUCCAGAUGUGGAACUUCGUGGGCCGGAGUGGAACCUAAAGAUGCCCAAGGUGAAGAUGCCCAAGUUCAGUAUGCCUGGGUUCAAAGGAGAAGGCCCAGAUGUGGAUGUGAGCCUCCCUAAAGCAGACGUGGACAUUUCUGGGCCCAACGUGGACAUUGAUGUUCCAGAUGUGAAUAUUGAAGGUCCUGAGGGUAAAUUCAAAGGCCCUAAAUUUAAGAUGCCUGAGAUGAACAUCAAGGCCCCCAAGAUCUCCAUGCCAGAUGUGGAUUUGCACGUGAAAAGCCCCAAACUGAAGGGAGAAUAUGAUGUUUCAGUUCCCAAACUUGAAGGGGAUCUGAAAGGCCCUAAGGUGGACAUCAGUGCCCCAGAUGUGGAUGUCCAUGGGCCAGAGUGGAACCUGAAGAUGCCCAAAGUGAAGAUGCCCAAGUUCAGCAUGCCUGGGUUCAAAGGAGAAGGCCCAGAUGUGGAUGUGAACCUUCCCAAGGCAGAUGUUGACAUUUCUGGCCCCAAGGUGAAUGUUAAUGUUCCAGAUGUGGACAUUGAAGGUCCAGAAGGGAAACUGAAGGGUCCCAAGUUUAAGAUGCCUGACAUGCACUUCAAGGCUCCCAAGAUCUCCAUGCCAGAUGUUGACCUUAACCUUAAGGGCCCCAAACUGAAAGGGGAGGUGGAUGUGUCUGUGCCCAAGAUAGAAGGUGAUGUGAAGGUUCCUGAUGUGGACAUCAAAGGCCCCAAAGUGGAUAUUAGUGCCCCAGAUGUGGAUGUCCAUGGGCCAGAGUGGAACCUGAAGAUGCCUAAGAUGAAAAUGCCCAAGUUCAGCAUGCCUGGGUUCAAAGGAGAAGGCCCAGAUGUGGAUGUGAGUCUUCCCAAGGCAGAUGUUGAUAUUUCUGGGCCCAAGGUGGACAUUAAUGUUCCAGAUGUGGACAUUGAAGGUCCAGAAGGUAAACUGAAGGGUCCCAAAUUUAAGAUGCCUGACAUGCACUUCAAGGCUCCCAAGAUCUCCAUGCCAGAUGUUGACCUUAACCUUAAAGGCCCCAAACUGAAAGGGGAUGUGAAUGUAUCUGUGCCCAAGAUAGAAGGUGACGUGAAGGUUCCUGAUGUGGACAUCAAAGGCCCCAAAGUAGAUGUCAGUGCCCCAGAUGUGGAUGUCCAUGGGCCAGAAUGGAACCUGAAGAUGCCCAAGAUGAAAAUGCCCAAGUUCAGCAUGCCUGGUUUCAAAGGAGAAGGCCCAGAUGUGGAUAUGAGUCUUCCCAAGGCAGAUGUUGAUAUUUCUGGGCCCAAGGUGGACAUUAAUGUUCCAGAUGUGGACAUUGAAGGUCCAGAAGGGAAACUGAAGGGUCCCAAGUUUAAGAUGCCUGACAUGCACUUCAAGGCUCCCAAGAUCUCCAUGCCAGAUGUUGACCUUAAUCUUAAAGGCCCCAAACUGAAAGGAGAUGUGGAUGUAUCUGUGCCCAAGAUAGAAGGUGAUAUGAAGGUUCCUGAUGUGGACAUCAAAGGCCCCAAAGUGGAUAUUAGUGCCCCAGAUGUGGAUGUCCAUGGGCCAGAGUGGAACCUGAAGAUGCCCAAGAUGAAAAUGCCCAAGUUCAGCAUGCCUGGUUUCAAAGGAGAAGGCCCAGAUGUGGAUGUGAGUCUUCCCAAGGCAGAUGUUGAUAUUUCUGGGCCCAAGGUGGACAUUAAUGUUCCAGAUGUGGACAUUGAAGGUCCAGAAGGGAAACUGAAGGGUCCCAAGUUUAAGAUGCCUGACAUGCACUUCAAGGCUCCCAAGAUCUCCAUGCCAGAUGUUGACCUUAAUCUUAAAGGCCCCAAACUGAAAGGAGAUGUGGAUGUAUCUGUGCCCAAGAUAGAAGGUGAUAUGAAGGUUCCUGAUGUGGACAUCAAAGGCCCCAAAGUGGAUAUUAGUGCCCCAGAUGUGGAUGUCCAUGGGCCAGAGUGGAACCUGAAGAUGCCCAAGAUGAAAAUGCCCAAGUUCAGCAUGCCUGGUUUCAAAGGAGAAGGCCCAGAUGUGGAUGUGAGUCUUCCCAAGGCAGAUGUUGAUAUUUCUGGGCCCAAGGUGGACAUUAAUGUUCCAGAUGUGGACAUUGAAGGUCCAGAAGGGAAACUGAAGGGUCCCAAGUUUAAGAUGCCUGACAUGCACUUCAAGGCUCCCAAGAUCUCCAUGCCAGAUGUUGACCUUAAUCUUAAAGGCCCCAAACUGAAAGGAGAUGUGGAUGUAUCUGUGCCCAAGAUAGAAGGUGAUGUGAAGAUUCCUGAUGUGGACAUCAAAGGCCCCAAAGUGGAUAUCAGUGCCCCAGAUGUGGAUGUACAUGGGCCAGAGUGGAACCUGAAGAUGCCCAAGAUGAAAAUGCCCAAGUUCAGCAUGCCUGGGUUCAAAGGAGAAGGCCCAGAUGUGGAUGUGAGUCUUCCCAAGGCAGAUGUUGACAUUUCUGGGCCCAAGGUAGAUAUAAAUGCUCCAAGUGUAAAUAUUGAAGGUCCAGAUGCAAAAUUUAAAAGUCCCAAAUUCAAGCUACCUGAAAUGAACUUAAAGCCUCAGAAGAUCUCCAUGCCAGAUGUUAGCUUGAAUUUGAAAGGUCCUAAGGUGAAGGGAGACUAUGAUAUUACAGUUCCAAAGAUCGAAGGUGAGAUGGAGGUACCAGACGUGGAACUGAAAGGACCUAAGGUAGACAUAAGUGCCCCUGAUGUGGAUGCCCAUGGACCAGACUGGCAUCUGAAAAUGCCCAAGAUGAAGAUGCCCAAGUUCAACAUGCCAGGUUUCAAGGCGGAGAGUCCAGACAUUGAUGUGAGCCUGCCCAAGGCAGACAUCAAUAUCUCAGGCCCCAAGGUGGACAUUGAGGCCCCAGAUGUGAACAUAGAAGGCCCAGAGGGAAAGCUGAAAGGCCCCAAGCUCAAGAUGCCCAGCAUGAAUAUCCAAACACAAAAAAUCUCUAUGCCUGAUGUUGGGCUCCAUUUGAAAUCGCCUAAAUUAAAAGGUGAUUUGGAUGUUUCCCUCCCCAAAGUAGAAGGAGACUUGACAGGUCCUAAAGUUGAUCUAAAAGCCCCCCAGGUAGACAUGGACAUUGGUGAUAUUGAUCUUGAAGGUCCAGAAGGAAAGAUAAAAGGUCCUAAAUUCAAGAUGCCUGACAUGCACUUCAAGGCGCCCAAGAUCUCCAUGCCAGAUGUGGACUUGCAUUUGAAAGGCCCCAAACUGAAGGGAGAUGUGGAUGUGUCUGUGCCCAAGUUGGAGGGAGAUCUUAAAGGUCCCAGUGUGGAUGUCGGGGUGCCUGAUGUGGACUUGGAGUGCCCAGAUGCCAAACUAAAGGGUCCCAAGUUCAAGAUGCCUGACAUGCACUUCAAGGCUCCCAAGAUCUCCAUGCCAGAUGUGGACCUACAUUUGAGAGGUCCCAAAGUGAAGGGAGAUGUGGAUGUGUCUGUGCCCAAGAUAGAAGGUGAUAUGAAGGUUCCUGAUGUGGACAUUAAGGGGCCCAAGUUGGACAUUAAUGCUCCAGAUGUGGAUGUCCAUGGGCCAGAGUGGAACUUGAAGAUGCCCAAGAUGAAAAUGCCCAAGUUCAGCAUGCCUGGGUUCAAGGGGGAGGGCCCAGAUGUGGAUGUGAGUCUUCCCAAGGCAGAUGUUGACAUUUCUGGGCCCAAGGUGGACAUUAAAGCUCCAGAUGUGAAUAUAGAAGGUCCAGAAGGGAAACUGAAGGGCCCCAAGUUUAAGAUGCCUGACAUGCACUUCAAGGCUCCCAAGAUCUCCAUGCCAGAUGUGGACUUGCAUUUGAAAGGUCCCAAAUUGAAGGGGGAUGUAGAUGUGUCUGUGCCCAAGUCGGAGGGAGAUCUCAAAGCUCCCAGUGUGGAUGUCAAGGUGCCUGAUGUGGACUUGGAGUGCCCAGAUGCCAAACUAAAGGGCCCCAAGUUCAAGAUGCCUGACAUGCACUUCAAGGCUCCAAAGAUCUCCAUGCCAGAUGUGGACUUGCAUUUGAAAGGCCCCAAGUUGAAGGGAGAUGUGGAUGUGUCUGUGCCCAAGUUGGAGGGAGAUCUCAAAGGUCCCAGUGUGGAUGUCGAGGUGCCUGAUGUGGACUUGGAGUGCCCAGAUGCCAAAUUAAAGGGCCCCAAGUUCAAGAUGCCUGACAUGCACUUCAAGGCUCCCAAGAUCUCCAUGCCAGAUGUGGACCUACAUUUGAGAGGUCCCAAAGUGAAGGGAGAUGUGGAUGUGUCUGUGCCCAAGAUAGAAGGUGAUAUGAAGGUUCCUGAUGUGGACAUUAAGGGGCCCAAGUUGGACAUUAAUGCCCCCGAUGUGGAUGUCCAUGGGCCAGAGUGGAACUUGAAGAUGCCCAAGAUGAAAAUGCCCAAGUUCAGCAUGCCUGGGUUCAAGGGAGAGGGGCCAGAUGUAGAUGUUAAUUUGCCCAAAGCAGAUAUUGACAUUUCUGGGCCCAAGGUGGACAUUGAUGUUCCAGAUGUGAACAUAGAAGGCCCUGAAGGGAAACUGAAGGGCCCCAAGUUCAAGAUGCCUGACAUGCACUUCAAGGCUCCCAAGAUCUCCAUGCCAGAUGUGGAUUUCAACUUGAAGGGCCCUAAGAUCAAAGGAGAUGUUGAUGUCUCUGUUCCCAAAGUAGAAGGUCCAGAAUUGGAUGUUAAAGGCCCCAAAUUGGAUGUUGACAUGCCUGAUGUGAAUAUUGAAGGUCCUGAAGGCAAGUGGAAAAGUCCAAAAUUUAAGAUGCCUGACAUGCACUUCAAGGCUCCAAAGAUCUCCAUGCCAGAUGUGGACUUGCAUUUGAAAGGCCCCAAGUUGAAGGGAGAUGUGGAUGUGUCUGUGCCCAAGUUGGAGGGAGAUCUCAAAGGUCCCAGUGUAGAUGUGGAGGUGCCUGAUGUGGACUUGGAGUGCCCAGAUGCCAAACUAAAGGGCCCCAAGUUCAAGAUGCCUGACAUGCACUUCAAGGCCCCCAAGAUCUCCAUGCCAGAUGUGGACUUGCAUUUGAAAGGCCCCAAGUUGAAGGGAGAUGUGGAUGUGUCUGUGCCCAAGUUGGAGGGAGAUCUCAAAGGUCCCAGUGUGGAUGUGGAGGUGCCUGAUGUGGACUUGGAGUGCCCAGAUGCCAAACUAAAGGGCCCCAAGUUCAAGAUGCCUGACAUGCACUUCAAGGCCCCCAAGAUCUCCAUGCCAGAUGUAAAUCUCCAUUUGAAAGGUCCCAAAGUGAAAGGAGAUGUGGAUGUGGAUGUGUCUGUGCCCAAGAUAGAAGGUGAUAUGAAGGUUCCCGAUAUGGACAUUAAGGGUCCCAAGUUGGACAUUAAUGCCCCCGAUGUGGAUGUCCAUGGGCCAGAGUGGAACUUGAAGAUGCCCAAGAUGAAAAUGCCAAAGUUUAGCAUGCCUGGGUUCAAGGGGGAGGGCCCAGAUGUGGAUGUGAGUCUGCCCAAAGGAGAUAUGAAUAUUUCUGGGCCCAAGGUGGAUAUUGAUGCUCCAGAUGUGAAUAUAGAAGGCCCAGAAGGGAAACUGAAGGGCCCCAAGUUCAAGAUGCCCGAGAUGAACAUCAAGGCCCCCAAGAUCUCCAUGCCUGAUUUUGACUUGCAUCUGAAAGGCCCUAAACUAAAAGGGGAUGUGGAUAUGUCUGUGCCCAAGAUGGAAGGAGAUAUGAAGGUUCCUGAUGUGGACAUCAAAGGCCCCAAAGUGGAUGUCAGUGUCCCAGAUGUGGAUGUCCAUGGGCCAGAGUGGAAUCUCAAGAUGCCCAAGAUGAAAAUGCCCAAGUUCAGCAUGCCUGGUUUCAAAGGAGAAGGCCCAGAUGUGGAUGUGAGUCUUCCCAAGGCAGAUGUUGAUAUUUCUGGGCCCAAGGUGGACAUUGAUGUUCCGGAUGUGGACAUUGAAGGUCCAGAAGGGAAACUAAAGGGCCCCAAGUUUAAGAUGCCUGACAUGCACUUCAAAGCCCCCAAGGUCUCUAUGCCGGACAUUGAUUUACAUUUGAAAGCACCUAAAUUGAAGGGAGAUGUAGAUGUAUCUCUUCCAAAGAUAGAAGGUGAUUUGAAAGGACCAGAGUUAGAUAUUAAGGGACCUAAAUUGGAUGUGGAAACACCUGAUGUUGAUAUUCAUGGACCUGAAGGGAAAUUAAAGAUGCCUAAAUUAAAGAUGCCCAAGUUCAGCAUGCCAGGCUUCAAAGGGGAGGGCCCAGAGGUGGAUGUGAGCCUGCCCAAAGCAGACAUUGACAUUUCAGGGCCCAAGGUGGACAUCGAGGCUCCAGACGUGAACAUAGAAGGUCCAGAGGGAAAGCUGAAGGGCCCCAAGUUCAAGAUGCCUGAGAUGAACAUCAAGGCUCCCAAGAUCUCCAUGCCUGAUUUUGACUUGCAUCUGAAAGGCCCCAAAGUCAAGGGUGAUGUGGAUGUUUCUCUGCCCAAAGUGGAAGGUGACUUAAAGGGCCCUGAGAUUGACAUCAAAGGCCCCAAAGUGGACAUUGAUGUUCCAGAUGUGGACAUUGAAGGCCCAGAAGGGAAGCUGAAGGGUCCCAAGUUCAAGAUGCCAGACAUGCACAUCAAAGCCCCCAAGAUCUCCAUGCCUGAUUUUGACUUGCAUCUGAAAGGUCCUAAGGUGAAGGGAGAUGUUGACGUGUCCCUUCCCAAGGUGGAGGGAGAUCUGAAAGGCCCCGAUCUUGACAUCAAAGGCCCCAAAGUAGAUGUCAGUGUCCCAGAUGUGGAUGUCCAUGGGCCGGAUUGGAACUUGAAAAUGCCCAAGGUGAAGAUGCCCAAAUUCAGCAUGCCAGGCUUCAAAGGGGAGGGCCCAGAGGUGGAUGUGAGCCUGCCCAAGGCUGACAUUGACAUUUCAGGCCCCAAGGUGGACAUUGAGGCUCCAGAUGUGAACAUUGAGGGUCCAGAGGGAAAGCUGAAGGGCCCCAAAUUUAAGAUGCCAGACAUGCACAUCAAGGCUCCUAAGAUCUCCAUGCCUGAUUUUGACUUGAAUCUGAAAGGCCCCAAAAUCAAGGGAGAUGUUGAUGUGUCUGUGCCCAAGAUAGAAGGUGACAUGAAGGUUCCUGAUGUGGACCUUAAAGCGCCCAAGUUGGACAUUAAUGCUCCAGAUGUGGAUGUCCAUGGGCCAGAGUGGAACUUGAAAAUGCCCAAGAUGAAGAUGCCCAAGUUCAGUAUGCCAGGCUUCAAAGGGGAGGGCCCAGAGGUGGAUGUGAGCCUGCCCAAGGCGGACAUUGACAUUUCAGGCCCCAAGGUGGACAUUGAGGCUCCUGAUGUUAACAUUGAAGGUCCAGAUGUAAAGGUGAAGGGCCCUAAAUUUAAAAUGCCCGAAAUGAAUAUUAAGGCUCCUAAGAUCUCAAUGCCAGACUUGGACCUUAAUCUUAAGGGUCCUAAAAUAAAAGGGGAUGUUGAUGUGACUCUUCCCAAAGUAGAAGGUGAUUUGAAAGGGCCAUCUCUUGACAUCAAAGGUCCAAAGCUGGACAUUGAUGCCCCAGAUAUUGACAUCCAUGGCCCAGAGGGAAAACUUAAAGGUCCCAAACUCAAGAUGCCUGACCUGCAUGCAAACAUGCCCAAAAUAUCCAUGCCAGAGAUUGAUCUGAAUUUGAAAGGCCCCAAGUUUAAAGGAGAUGUUGAUGUCUCUGCACCCAAAUUAGAAGGUGACAUUAAGGGUCCCAAAUUAGAUGUAAAGGGCCCAGAAGUUGACAUUGCAGCCCCUAAAAUCAACAUUGAGGGGAAGUCUAAGAAAUCGCGCUUCAAGCUUCCCAAAUUUCAUUUCUCAGGCCCCAAAGUUCAAACCCCAGAGGUUGAUGCUAAACUUAAAAAACCAGAUAUUGACAUUACUGGCCCCAAAGUGGAUAUAAAUGCCCCCGAUGUGGAGGUGCAAGGAAAGGUAAAAGGACCCAAGUUCAAAAUGCCUUUUUUGAGUAUUUCUUCACCUAAGGUCUCUAUGCCAGAUGUGGAGUUAAACCUGAAAGGCCCAAAAGUUAAAGGAGACAUAGAUGUUGCAGGCCCAAACUUGGAAGGUGACCUGAAAGGCCCUGAGCUCGACAUCAAGGGCCCUAAAGUGGAUGUCAGUGCUCCAGAUGUGGAUGUCCAUGGGCCAGACUUUAAUGUGAAGAUGCCCAAGAUGAAGAUGCCCAAGUUCAGCAUGCCAGGCUUCAAAGGGGAGGGCCCAGAGGUGGAUGUGAGCCUGCCCAAGGUGGACAUUGACAUUUCAGGCCCCAAGGUGGACAUUGAGGCUCCAGAUGUGAACAUAGAAGGCCCAGAGGGAAAGCUGAAGGGCCCCAAGUUCAAGAUGCCUGAGAUGAACAUCAAGGCUCCCAAGAUCUCCAUGCCUGAUUUUGACUUGAAUCUGAAAGGCCCCAAAGUCAAGGGUGAUGUGGACGUCUCUCUGCCCAAAGUGGAAGGUGACUUAAAGGGCCCUGAGAUUGACAUCAAAGGCCCCAAAGUGGACAUUGAUGUUCCAGAUGUGGACAUUGAGGGCCCAGAAGGGAAGCUGAAGGGUCCCAAGUUCAAGAUGCCAGACAUGCACAUCAAAGCCCCCAAGAUCUCCAUGCCAGACUUUGACUUGAAUCUGAAAGGUCCUAAGGUGAAGGGAGAUGUUGACGUGUCCCUUCCCAAGGUGGAGGGGGAUCUGAAAGGCCCUGAUCUUGACAUCAAAGGCCCCAAAGUAGAUGUCAGUGUCCCAGAUGUGGAUGUCCAUGGGCCAGAGUGGAACUUGAAGAUGCCCAAGGUGAAGAUGCCCAAAUUCAGCAUGCCAGGCUUCAAAGGGGAGGGCCCAGAGGUGGAUGUGAGCCUGCCCAAAGCAGACAUUGACAUUUCAGGCCCCAAGGUGGACAUCGAGGCUCCAGAUGUGAACAUUGAGGGUCCAGAAGGAAAGCUGAAGGGCCCCAAGUUCAAGAUGCCUGAGAUGAACAUCAAGGCCCCCAAGAUCUCCAUGCCUGAUUUUGACUUGCAUCUGAAAGGCCCCAAAAUUAAGGGUGAUGUGGAUGUGUCAGUUCCAAAAAUAGAAGGUGAGGUUAAAGUUCCAGAAAUGGACAUCAAAGGUCCUAAAGUUGACAUCGAAGCACCUGAUGUGGAUGUCCAUGGGCCAGAGUGGAACCUGAAGAUGCCUAAGAUGAAAAUGCCCAAGUUCAGCAUGCCAGGCUUCAAAGGGGAAGGCCCAGAUGUUGAUGUAAAUCUGCCCAAGGCUGAUAUUAACAUUUCUGGACCUAAAGUGGACAUUGAAGCUCCAGAUGUGAACAUAGAAGGUCCAGAGGGAAAGCUGAAGGGCCCCAAGUUCAAGAUGCCUGAGAUGAACAUCAAGGCCCCCAAGAUCUCCAUGCCUGAUUUUGACUUGCAUCUUAAAGGUCCCAAAGUCAAGGGUGAUGUAGAUGUUUCUCUGCCCAAAGUGGAAGGUGACUUGAAGGGCCCUGAGAUUGAUAUCAAAGGCCCCAAAGUAGAUAUAGAUACACCUGAUCUUGACAUUCAUGGUCCAGAAGGAAAGCUGAAGGGCCCCAAGUUCAAAAUGCCUGACCUGCAUCUCAAGGCACCCAAAAUUUCUAUGCCAGAUAUAGAUCUAAAUCUCAAGGGGCCAAAGCUCAAGGGAGAUGUUGACGUGUCCCUUCCCAAGGUGGAGGGGGAUCUGAAAGGCCCUGAACUGGAUAUCAAGGGCCCCAAAGUAGAUGUCAGUGCCCCAGAUGUGGAUGUCCAUGGGCCAGAGUGGAACUUGAAGAUGCCCAAGGUGAAGAUGCCCAAGUUCAGCAUGCCAGGCUUCAAAGGGGAGGGCCCAGAGGUGGAUGUGAGCCUGCCCAAGGCUGACAUUGACAUUUCAGGCCCCAAGGUGGACAUCGAGGCUCCAGAUGUGAACAUUGAGGGUCCAGAGGGAAAGCUGAAGGGCCCCAAGUUCAAAAUGCCUGAGAUGAACAUCAAGGCUCCCAAGAUCUCCAUGCCUGAUUUUGACUUGCAUCUGAAAGGUCCCAAAGUCAAGGGAGAUGUUGAUGUUUCUGUGCCCAAGAUAGAAGGUGACAUGAAGGUUCCUGAUAUGGACAUUAAGGGGCCCAAGUUGGACAUUAAUGCUCCAGAUGUGGAUGUCCAUGGGCCAGAGUGGAACUUGAAAAUGCCCAAGGUGAAGAUGCCCAAGUUCAGCAUGCCAGGCUUCAAAGGGGAGGGCCCAGAGGUGGAUGUGAGCCUGCCCAAGGCUGACAUUGACAUUUCAGGCCCCAAGGUGGACAUUGAGGCUCCAGAUGUGAACAUAGAAGGCCCAGAGGGAAAGCUGAAGGGCCCUAAGUUCAAGAUGCCUGAGAUGAACAUCAAGGCCCCCAAGAUCUCCAUGCCUGAUUUUGACUUGCAUCUGAAAGGUCCCAAAGUCAAGGGUGAUGUGGACGUCUCUCUGCCCAAAGUGGAAGGUGACUUAAAGGGCCCUGAGAUUGACAUCAAAGGCCCCAAAGUGGACAUUGAUGUUCCAGAUGUGGACAUUGAAGGCCCAGAAGGGAAGCUGAAGGGUCCCAAAUUCAAGAUGCCAGACAUGCACAUCAAAGCCCCCAAGAUCUCCAUGCCUGAUUUUGACUUGAACCUUAAAGGACCAAAGAUAAAAGGUGAUGUUGAUGUCUCUCUUCCCAAGGUGGAGGGAGACCUUAAGGGCCCUCAAGUAAAUAUCAAAGGUCCUGAGCUGGACAUUGGGGGUCCUGAAGGGAAACUGAAAGGUCCUAAAUUCCACAUGCCUGAUGUGCAUUUCAAGACACCCCAGAUUUCCAUGAGUGAAAUUGACUUAAACCUGAAAGGCCCCAAGAUGAAGGGAGAUGUUGAUGUUUCCCUUCCCAAAGUGGAAGGGGAUUUACAGGGUCCUCAAGUAAAUAUCAAAGGCCCCAAAUUGGACAUAGAUACACCUGACCUUGACAUUCAUGGCCCAGAAGGAAAGCUGAAGAGCCCCAAGUUCAAAAUGCCUGACCUACAUCUCAAGGCCCCCAAAAUCUCUAUGCCAGACGUGGACCUGAAUCUGAAAGGGCCGAAGCUUAAGGGGGAUGUUGAUGUGUCCCUUCCCAAUGUAGAGGGGGGUCUGAAGGGCCCCGAUCUUGACAUCAAGGGCCCCAAAGUGGAUGUCAGUGCCCCAGAUGUGGAUGUCCAUGGGCCAGAGUGGAACUUGAAGAUGCCCAAGGUGAAGAUGCCCAAGUUCAGCAUGCCAGGCUUCAAAGGGGAGGGCCCAGAGGUGGAUGUGAGCCUGCCCAAGGCUGACAUUGACAUUUCAGGGCCCAAGGUGGACAUUGAGGCUCCAGAUGUGAACAUAGAAGGCCCAGAGGGAAAGCUGAAGGGCCCCAAGUUCAAGAUGCCUGAGAUGAACAUCAAGGCUCCCAAGAUCUCCAUGCCUGAUUUUGACUUGCAUCUGAAAGGCCCCAAAGUCAAGGGUGAUGUGGAUGUCUCUCUGCCCAAAGUGGAAGGUGACUUAAAGGGCCCUGAGAUUGACAUCAAAGGCCCCAAAGUGGACUUUGAUGUUCCAGAUGUGGACAUUGAAGGCCCAGAAGGGAAGCUGAAGGGUCCCAAGUUCAAGAUGCCAGACAUGCACAUCAAAGCCCCCAAGAUCUCCAUGCCAGACUUUGACUUGAAUCUGAAAGGUCCUAAGGUGAAGGGAGAUGUUGACGUGUCCCUUCCCAAGGUGGAGGGGGAUCUGAAAGGCCCUGAUCUUGACAUCAGAGGCCCCAAAGUAGAUGUCAGUGUCCCAGAUGUGGAUGUCCAUGGGCCGGAUUGGAACUUGAAAAUGCCCAAGGUGAAGAUGCCCAAAUUCAGCAUGCCAGGCUUCAAAGGGGAGGGCCCAGAGGUGGAUGUGAGCCUGCCCAAGGCUGACAUUGACAUUUCAGGCCCCAAGGUGGACAUCGAGGCUCCAGAUGUGAACAUAGAAGGCCCAGAGGGAAAACUGAAGGGUCCCAAAUUUAAGAUGCCUGAGAUGAACAUCAAGGCCCCCAAGAUCUCCAUGCCUGAUAUUGACUUGAAUUUGAAAGGGCCCAAAUUAAAGGGAGAUUAUGAUAUCAAUGUUCCUAAGAUUGAAGGUAAUCUGAAGGGCCCUGACGUUGACUUUCAAGGUCCCAGUGUGGAUCUCUAUGGCCCUGAUGUUAAUUUAAGUGGUCCAAAUUUGAAAAUGCCAUCACUAGACAUAUCUGGGCCUAAAGUGACUGCUCCUGAUGUAGAUCUACAUCUCAAGUCUCCCAAGUUUGGCAUAUCUGGUCCCAAGAUAGAAGGUGGUGAAUUGGACCUGAAGGGUCCCAAAGUUGACUUGGAAGUACCAAGUUUGGACGUUGAGGGCCCAGACCUAAACAUUGAGGGACCAGAUGUUAAGAUUCCAAAAUUUAAGAAACCCAAAUUUGGCUUUGGGGCUAAGGGCCCAAAGGCCGACAUCAAGUCCCCUUCGUUGGAUGUCACGGUUCCAGAAGCGGGGCUGAAUGUAGAGUCUCCAGAUAUCAACAUCAGCGGAAAGGGCAAGAAAAUGAAGUUUAAGAUGCCAAAGAUCCACAUGAGUGGCCCUAAAAUCAAGGCCAAAAAGCAGGGAUUUGACUUGAAUGCCCCUGAGGGUGAAAUUGAUGCCAGUCUCAAAACUCCAGACUUGGAUGUCAAUGUGGCCGCUCCAGAUGCUUCGGUUAAGGUCGAUGUGAAAUCUCCCAAAACCAAGAAACCGAUGUUUGGGAAAAUGUACUUCCCUGAUGUAGAAUUUGACAUCAAAUCUCCAAAAUUCAAAGCAGAGGCCCCACUUCCCAGCCCCAAGAUGGAAGGGGAGAUCCAAGCACCUGGGCUGGAAAUUUCAUCUCCAGGGAUUAAAGCUGGGCUCAAGGGUCCUGGACUGGAGGUUGGAUCUGUCGGCCUCAGUGGGAGUCUUCCCAGUGCCAGCAUGGAAGGGCCUGACAUCCAUCUGAAGGCACCAAAGUUCAAGGGACCAGGUGGGAGCAUUGAUUUCUCAGGGCCAAAGGUAGAGGGAGAUCUGAGAGCGCCCAGUGUCCAAGCCAACUUGGAUGCCUCUGAUAUCAACAUUGAAGUGCCUGAUGCCAAAAUCAAAGGUGCCUCCUUUGGCAUCUCAUGUCCUCAAGUAUCAGUCCCUGAUGUGAAUGUCAACUUGAAAGGACCAAAGAUUACGGGGGAUGUCCCCAAAGUGGAACUGGAAGGACCCGGUGUUGAUCUGAAAGGUCCAGAUGCAAAAAUCCAGUUCCCCAAGUUUUCCAUGCCCAAGAUUGGAGUCCCCGGUCUGAAGGUGGAGGGUGGGGGAGCUGACAUUCACAGCCAGCUCCCCUCUCUUGAAGGAGGGGUGAGUUCCCCCAACCUCAAGUUUGAAGGGCCCGAUGUGACACUGAAAGGGCCCCAAGGGGACCUGCCUUCUGUGAACCUCUCUGGACCGGAUCUCGACUUGAAUUUGAAAGGACCAAAGCUGAAGGGAGACUUGGACAUAUCUGGUGACAUCAAGUGUCCCAAAGUGUCAGUGGAUGCCCCAGAUGUUAGUCUGGAGGCACCUGGAGGGGCUAUUAAGCUCCCCCAAAUGAAGCUGCCCCAGUUUGGCAUCUCCUCUCAGGGGUCUAACUUGGAUGUUAAUGUCGCAGGGCCAGAGAUGAAGGGGCCUGGGGUGGAUGUUCACCUCAGAGGUGUGGACUUGAAAGGGCCCCAGAUGUCUGGCCCCCAAAUCUCAUCUGAUAUGGACUUUAAUUUGGAAGGACCAAAAAUCAAAGGGGGCUUCGGUGCCAGUGGCGACAUGAAAGGUCCUGCUGUGGGAGUGGCUCUUCCGGGCAUCAGCGUCCAAGGCUUGGAAGGCAAUCUCCAGCCUCCUGAUGUCAAGCUGCCCAGAUGUGAAGCGGAGCUGCCAGCGGUGAACGUCAAACUCCCAACAGGGAAGCUUUCGGGCUCGGGCAUCGGUCUCCACGGAGCAGCCCCCGACGUGAGCGUCCAGGGACCCGCCUUCUCGGCGUCAGACUUGGGGGGGAUCAGUUUGAAGGGACCGAAAAUCCAAGGGGGUCUGGAUGUUUGUGGAGGCGUCAAGGCUCCGGACCUCAGCAUGAGUGGAGGCGGAGAAUGGAGAGGGCCGCAGGUCUCUUCUGCUCUCGAUCUGGAUGUGCCCAAGCUGGCUGGUGGGAUCCAUGUUUCAGGACCAAAGAUAGAAGGAGGCGUGAAAGGAGGCCAGGUGGGACUUCAGUGUCCUGGGGGGGAUGUCUCCGGCCCCCAAGUUCACUUGGAAAGUGGCUCCGGAGGAGUAACAUUCCCGAAGAUGAAGAUCCCCAAGUUUACCUACUCAGGACGGGAGCUGGUGGGCAGAGAAGUGGGGGUGGACGUAAACUUCCCUAAAGUGGAAGGCAGCAUCCAGGCUGGGGCUGCGGAAGGGGAAUGGGAAGAUGCUGACAUCAAACUCAAAAAGUCUAAAAUCAAAAUGCCCAAAUUUACCUUUUCCAAGGCUAAAGGCAAGGGGAGCGCCACCAGUUCCCCAGAGGUGUCCAUCUCAGGCUCCAAAGGAGACCUCAAGAGCUCUAAGGCCAGCUUGGGCUCUUUGGACGGGGAAGUGGAGGCAGAGGCAUCCUCCCCCAAAGCCAAAUUCUCCUUAUUCAAGAGCAAAAAGACCCGUAACCGGUCCGGCUCCUUCAGUGACGAGAGGGAGCAUUCCGCUCCGGUCACUCCUACGGGCACACUAGAGUUUGGAAGUGGAGACAUCUCCAUUGAGGGGGGAAAGGGCAAAGGGAAACAUGGCAAACUGAAGUUUGGCACCUUUGGUGGGCUGGGGUCAAAGAGCAAAGGUCACUAUGAGGUCACUGGGAGUGAUGAGGAGUCUGGGAAGCUACAGGGAAGUGGGGUGUCCCUGGCCUCCAAGAAGUCCAGGCUGUCCUCAUCUUCGAGCAAUGACAGCGGGACAAAGGUGGGGAUCCAACUGCCCGAGGUGGAGUUGACGGUUUCCAAAAAGAAAGAGUAGAGGCCCCCCGUCUGUGUACAUGUAUAUAUAUAAAUAUCUAUUUUCGUAGGUAGGCUUCUGUGUGUUUGUACAUAAACUCCCAAAGAUUGACUCAGUCCACGUCGGCAAUGAAAACGGAGGCCUGGUGGGCCCUCGGCCGACCCGGGGCUAGUUGCAAAGUCUGGGGCGACGGCAAUAGCGACAACAGCCAAAGGAGGUGAAUUUUGUGGUUUUUUUGUUUUUGUUUUUGUUUUUUUUCCAGUCCAGCCUAUCUGCAAGCAAGCAGUAUUUGCCUUCCUAAGACUUCAGUUUGCUCAUUAAAUGCUGAGAGCAUCUGUUUACUAGCAAGCCUUGUUUAUCACUUCAUUUUACAGAAUCUUUUCAGUGUUGGGGUCGUAGAAAUCGGACGUCCAUUGGAACGCCUUUGGGGGGGGCUUUUGUUUGCGAGGGAUGAGAGGGUGGGGUGGGAGUAGGGGUGGGAUAGAGCGGGGUGAGACUUCCAUUUUGGCCUGCAAGGUUGGAUGAUCUUCCAAAAUUAUCCUGUUAGACAAACACCGCGAUGGUAGAGAGAAGUCGUUUCCCAGGAAAAUGGGGUUUUUUUGGUGGUGGUGUUGGGGGGGGGUCGUGCCCUUUGGCGAGUCAGCCCCUCCCCCCAGGCUGGUCAUUCGGAGCAGUUUGGGUGCUCCUGGUGAGAGGAGCUUCUCGCGUGUUAGUGACUGACCCACUUGACUGGGGUUUCCAUACGUUGUACUAUAGGAGAUGUUUUUACCAGUGACUGCCACUUUUCUGAUAUUUGGCAUGGUUGCUUUUUAACAAAUGUUACCCAAUGAAGAGUCCAGCACUUUAAUGCCAAAUUAAUUCCGAAUGUAAGAAAAUUCAUGCUGUAAAAUGCAAAUAAAGCCGCUAAUGAGUAAUCUGGA